AUGAAUCAAUUUCAGAGUUGGAUAGAGACGCAAGGCAUUAUCACUUAUGGUGUACAAGUUAAACACACAGAUUAUGCAGGCUACGGUCUAUUCUCUAAAGAAACAAUCGAUGCAACAGAACCCAAGACUGUUGUAAGCAUCCCUUCUGAUUUGAUACUCACUUCUUCUAAAGCACUUCAAGUCCAUACUGAAUUUAAAGACGCUGUAUUUGAGUUUUAUGAGGAAACCAUUCUCUCUCCCGAGAAUGAGCACCAUGUACUCUGUCUUUUUCUUGUCUACUGUCAAUACAUCAACCAAGAUACUCGAUGGAAACCUUAUUUUGAUAUUCUCCCCACCCUCUCUUUUUUCCAAGACCAUCAUGUCCUGUUCAAUCCAGCCUGUGUUCAAGGCACCAGUCUAGAGAAUGCAACACGGGCCAAACUAACCAGUUUAAAGACACAAGUACAGGCAUGGAAUACAUCCAAUAUCCAUUGGCUAUCUCGUGUUCAAUUGGACAUGUAUCUCUGGGCAGAUUGUAUUUUUUGGUCUCGUGUAGUGGGUAUUGGUGGCGACAUGUCUGGCCUAAGCAAACAUCAGAUGGCUAUGAUUCCUUACUUUGACUUUGCCAAUCAUUCAGACCAACAUGCCAAUAUACGCUGGCAACUGGUCUCUACUGGUCUUGAGCUUGUCACCAGUGAAGAACACAUUCCACAAGACCAAGAAUUGUUUCUAUCAUAUGGGUCUAAAUCAAACCAAGAACUUUUGUUUCUUCAUGGUUUUUGUGUUCCAGAUAACUCUGAAUCGUCUGUGAUUACUUUGCCACUCUUGCCCUUUUUGGAUCCAGCCCAUGAUCAAUACAAAAUUGAAUGGUUAAUACAAAUGGGUGUCAAACCUAUUUUAAAGUUAUCAGCUAUUGAUCAGCACAAUUUUGCUGGAUGGGAUGAGGCAUCAGUGGCUGUGAUGUACCUUGUGGUCUUGGAUCAAGAGGACAUUGAAUUUAAACAAGGACUUUUAGUGAGAGAUACACCCAUUUUGUCCUUAUCUGAUCUAAAGACAACAGUAGAAUCAUUAGAGCUAUAUCCUGUCAUUCAGCUCCGUGCCAUUGUGCUCUUAUUAGAUGCUCUUGAGUAUCAAUACACGCAAAACAAACAAUACCAAAUGACGGAUGAAUCGCCUGUUUCAAAACAAGCUUCUAUCUAUAGACAUGAAGAACAAGUGUUAUUGAAUCAAUCCAUGAAUGCUUUGACUGUCUUAAGAGACCAACUCAUGAAGAAUACCACAGUCAUAUCUUUUCUAAAAGCAAAUGCAUAA